CAAUAAAUUAGAGUUUUUUCGAUUUGUGAUUUGAACAAUUUGUAGAUAUUUGGAUAUAAGAUUAUGUAAAAAAAAAAAAAAAUCUUUACUUAAAGUUUUGAUUUUGAGAUUUGAACACUUUGUAGUUAUUUGAUUCUUAGAUUAUGAUUCACCAGUGUUCAAGUAAGAUUAAUAAUUAUAACUUUGGGUCAAUAUAAAAUUACGAUAAUCUCAAAACAAUUUGUAUUUUGGUUAUGAGAUUAUGAAGUCAAUUUUUGGAUUUCAGAUUUAGACUAAAUUACAAUAAAUCAGUUUUGCACAGUUAUUUUUGAUUGUGAGAUUAUGACACACCAGUUUUGAAAGUAAGAUUAGGACAAAUUUGAUUUCAAUAUGACAUUUGAACAGUUUUCACAGAGUUUUGGACAGUGUGUCGAUGCUAGAGUGAAAGAUUAUGAUAAAACACUUAAGUAAGAUUGUGAUGAAUAUGCAUUUAAUUCACAAUUUCAAGUUUGUACAAAUUUGCUCACAAGAUUACAAUGAAUCAGUAUAUCGAUGUUUUUUUUAUCAGUUACAAUAAAUUUGAUUUCAAUACAGAAUUUGGACAGUUUAUAUAUAUAUUUGAUUUAUGUCUGACUCAGAAAUUUUCUGUGACUGUUUUUAUUAGUGAAACUUAACUUGAUCCUGAUGUUAAAUGCUUAAUAAUAACUGUAUUUUGAAUUGACUGGUGUUUUAAAUCAACGCUCUAGUGGAAAAAAAAAGAAAAAGAAGCUGCUUCUCCAUCGGCUCUGGCGUUUCUUUUAUUUUUAACCUGUAUAUUUAAGGCAACGGUCAGUCAGUAGAAACUGUUUUAAAGAAGUAACUCUGCCUGUUCCUUAAAAUGUCACCUCUGAACUCUUCUUCCACAGCAUCAUCAUCGUCAGCUCACACGAGAACCUUAAGAGAAGGUGUUUACUCAACUCCACACGACUGCUCUGACUCAAAACUUGUUUCAGAUGAAACUUAUUAAGUAAGAAGAGGGGGAAAAAAAACUGAAACAAAUGAUGUGGUGCGGUGCCUUCAGUCGACCAAUGAAACUGUCUUUGUGGGAACACCUUCCUAUUUCGAGGUGUGGAGUCGAGGACGGAGCUUCAGCGUCUCUGAGUCAAAGUCUCAGACCGAGGACAGCGCAUACACAUGGCUGAAGACGGACAGAGUGAGACGUCGGGACAAACGGAAAGCGGCGGCAGUGAAGACAACUGGACAAUGAACCAGGUAGCGUCUCCUCCGGUGAUCGAGAUUCACGACUCCACGACCGAAUGCGAGGAGGAGGCGAGGGCCAGUCCGGUGCAAAUGGAGGAGAAGGCGUUUGUGUCGAGUCUGCACUCGUUUAUGAAGGAGAAAGGUUCCCCGAUAGAGAGGAUCCCACAUCUGGGCUUCAAACAGAUUAAUCUCUGGAGAAUCUACAAAGCUGUUGAAAAACGUGGAGGCUACGAAAGUGUCACAGCUCAGCGUCUGUGGAAGAAAGUGUACGACGAGCUGGGAGGAAGUCCAGGCAGCACCAGUGCUGCCACGUGCACUCGUCGACACUAUGAGAGGCUCGUGCUGCCGUUUGAACGGCACAUAAAGGGAGAGGAAGACAAACCUCUGCCGCUGAGCAAACCUCGGAAACUAUACAAGAGAAACGUGGAGAGCAAGGUGAAGAAAGCUGAGGUCAAGAGGUCGCGGUCUCAGCUGGACGCGGAGAUGGAUUCACAGAUCCUGACACACAGGAGUCCAGAAGCCGCGUGCCGCAGUGACGCCGUGAUGCGUCCUCACUCUGCUCUGUGGGCCGCCACGACAGACAGACAAUAUCCAGACUGCACUCAACCAAACAGAGACAUUUGCCCUCCCGUCUAUGCUCUUCUCCCAGUCCCCACAUCUAGUCCUUGGACGGCUCAUAUCCCACCUGCUCCUGCUCCUGCUCCUGCUGCUCCUGCUGCUGCUGCUCCUGCUGCUGCUGCUGCUGCUGCAGAGGUCAUCUCUCCUCUGGAGAAGAAGAAGCGAAUGGCUCAGGCGAGCCUGAACUUGGCGCCAAGUCCACAGAGCGAGGACAAGGAAAGGCCCUCGGUCAUUUGCUGCUCGCAGUCUCCGGCGCGGGCCUCUUCCAGCCAGAACUGCGGCUCCUCUGACGGCUCUCCGCUCCCUCUGUCCUCGUCCUCUUCCCGCAGCCCGUCCCCGCUCUCCGUCUCAUCGGAGGACAGUCCGCCAAGGAGGGAAGACCCACCUGCGUCAAGCUCAGAACUCAACCAAAGAUGUGUUCCGUCCAGCUGUAGUGAGGACAAUAAGGCGUCUCAAGACUUUACAGGACCAAACAAAGACAUUUCUCAGCUCAGUUCCCAAUCACUAACUGCUGAGUCAAUAAAAAGUCAAAAUAAAGACUCUGUGGUGUGGGAGCCGGUCCACAAAUAUCUCACCCACCCUUUCCACUCGAUGUCUACCUCAAGCUUCACCAAAGUUGUCCCAAAGUCCACGCAGCUCCUGCGACCUGCUCCCAUCCGGCCGAGUUACAAAACCCACCCGAGCCGCUCGGCGCAGCCGGACGACCCUGCGACGCACGGCAAGAAGCUGAGCAACGUGGCGCCGUGGCUCUAUCAGACGGAGAGGAGGGACAAAUCCAGGACAAUGCUGCACAAAGUCCCCGCUCCGCAGAGUCUGUCCCACCCCGGCGCCGCGCUGCCCGUGCUCUGCGUCCUCUCGAGCUACGACAAGUCGGCGAGAGACUCUCGGCACCUGCCUCCGUUUCACCCGGUGUUCCUGCCCAACAGAAUGAGACUGCCACAGUCCCAGCUCAUGUACCACCGCAUACCGAUGGGUCCAGGUCCGUCUGCUCUCAGUGGUUCCGCUGUUUAUCCAUAUCCUUAUUCUGUACCGCUGUUAAAUCCACAGCCUGGAUACAGUCUACCCGCCAUGAAUCCCAUUUAUCCUCACAAGCUGUGAUUUUUCUUUUCUUGUUGUCGUCGUUCAAAGUGACUUUUUCUGUCUAUUCCAAUAAAUGUGAAAUGAGUUCA